AUGGCUACGCUUUCAAGUAAGGCUCAGGAGCCUCCUAAUCGGAGAUCACAAACGAAGGAAGAGAGGGAACCCCUAAAAGGGAUGACUUUUCGAGCCUCCACACUGCUUCCAUCGUUAGAUCUGGCAGGCCUCUUUGCUUUCGACUCCUCGCCUUCCUCGUCCUGUCCGACAUAUUCCCUCCGUAUAAGGAUACGCGUCGGGUAUUUCCCCAUCUUAGCCCGACCAUCCACACUGGCCCUGCUCCCCAACGCCACCGAUAGAGGCUCUCCCUUACUGGCUUCCAGCUUCUCUGAGGUCGUCGGCUUGUUUCUUCUCUCUCUUGACGACAACAAAACACCUGAGUGCUUCCAAGGAACACCUGAGUGCUUCCAUGGAAAGGGCAACGGCUCCAAAGGCUAUGAGCGUGAAAAUGUAGGCUUGUUUCCACUUCUUCUGAGGGCCCGAGAUUUCGAGACCCUCAAUAAUGUUGGCGAUGCUGAGGGCAAUGACGGUGUAGCCUAUGGAUUGGUGGUAGGCAAAAACAUUCCAGUAGAUUCUGUACUUGUGGUCGGGCUUGGGCCUGAAGAGGAAGACAAAAGCCUGGAGUACUGCUAG